AUGAGCAGUUCUGGAGACAGCUCCCCUGAUUGGUUGCGUUCUUUUCAGGUACCCACUCCUGAUUCGCCAUUGAAUCUGUCAUCUGAUUCUGAACCUUUACGUGAUAGUGGUGGCUUUUCAGAUGAGGAUAGAAUUGAUGAUGAAGAGUCAUCUCCAAAGUCACCAAAGUAUCCAAAUGUCAACAAAAACAAGAGUGCUUCAAAGAAGAAAAUGGAUACGCAAAAGGAGAAAAUUGGAAAGAAGGAGGAAAAGAAGAUCGAGCUUGACUCUGACACCGACAAGGAAACAAAGCACAAAGAACCCAUUCAUUCACUGUGGGAACUGUCAUCUGAUUCCGAGUCAUGCCAUGAUCAUAUUCCAAAAACUGAAGAUCAUAUUGAUCAGGUGGAAACUUCUAAGCCUCAAAUAUCUCAACCACCUGGUGAAGUAGAAUGUGGGGAUGGACUUCAUGAUAAAGAUGGAAAGUCUCCAUCCAAAAAGGCUUCAAAAGCAAAGACUUCCCAAAAACAAAUAAAGGUAGAAGAUUCCACACCAGUAAAAGGGAAGAAAACAAAGGUUAAUGUAAAUGGGAAAGGUGGUGAUGGAGAUGUAGAGGUUAAAGAGGAAGAAACUGUUGGAAAGCCUGUUGGACUGAAUGUUUCCUCCUCAAUGUUGCCUUUGAUGCUCUCUGAGAAAGUUCAUCGGACAAAGGCUCUUAUUGAGUGUCAAGGGGACUCCAUAGAUUUGAGUGGUGAUAUGGGAGCUGUAGGGCGGAUUAUCAUCUCGGAUUCCCUUUCCGGGGAUCCAGAAAUGUGCUUAGAUUUGAAAGGAACAGUCUACAAAACAUCUAUAGUUCCUUGCCGGACGUUUUGCGUUGUAAGCUUUGGGCAGUCAGAGGCAAAGAUAGAGGCCAUCAUGAAUGACUUUGUACAGCUGAAUCCACCGUCUGAUGUUUAUGAAGCUGAAACUAUGGUUGAAGGGACAUUGGAUGGUUUUAACUUUGAUUCUGAUGAGGAAGCUGGCAAGAAUCAGAAAACCACCCACCCUGAUCAAAAUGAGCACGCCGAGGAACAGACGCCUGGUAAAUCUAAACGGAAGGCAGACAAAACAUCAUUGCUGAAAAUUUGGAUGCAGGGUGCUGAAAAGAAAAGAGGUAGAAGUACUGGCGGAAAAUCACAGUCAAAGAUAUCCAAGAAAAAAGCUCCAAGUUCCAAGAGAGCAAAAACUAAGAAAUGA